AUGAAUAGUAGUAGUACAUGUAAUAAUAAUAAUAGAAUUCCAUCUACAACUAUUAAAAGAGGUAGAGGAGGAGGAAUUGGAAGAGGAAGGGGAAGAGGAGGACACACAACGGAAUCGAAUAAAGAUGAGCAACCAUCGUCAUCGUCGGCUUCAUCAUCAACUACCCUUUCAAGGGGGGGUAAGAGUCCGAACCCUCAAAGUAAUACAACUCGAGGAGGAAGAGGUAGAGGAGGAGAAUCAUCAAGAUCAAGAGGAAGAGGUAGAGGAGGAGGAAUAAGAACUUCAAAAGAUAACAAUAACGGUGAUUGGAAGAAUACACCAAACUUGAGAGAUCUAUCCUCAACAACAACAACUAUUCAAGAGGAUGAAGAAGAAGUAAUAAUAGAACAACCAACAACAACAAGACAAUUACCAAUAUUAUUUACAAUGGAACAAUAUAAAGAGUUGAUGAAAAAGUAUGAGUUGGAGCAAGACGAUGAUAGCGAUGACUACUUGUCAGAUUAUGAUAGUGACGACGAUGGUGAUGAAGAGCAAAAAGAAGCAAGAGACUCUUCUAUCAACAAUAUAUUUCAAAAUUACAACAACCUAGCAUCACCAACCAAUAGCAGCAUCAGUAGCGAUAUCAAACACAAAGAAGAUCUAUUGAUGCAAAUGAUUAGUGAUAAUAGUCGAGGUCUAUCAAGUUGUUUGGUAUGUCUUGAACGUGUCAAAUCUCAAGACUCUAUAUGGCAAUGCUCUCGCUGUUUCUGUCAACUUCAUCUUCAGUGUUGUCAGUCUUGGUCACGAGAACGAUUGUUAAUAUCAUCGGCGUCAGAGGCAUGUCGAGAAAGAGGUGUACAACCAUACUGGCUAUGUCCAAAGUGUAGAUUCGAAUACCACAAAGAUGAUUAUCCAGAUUCUUAUCGAUGUUUUUGUACAAAAGAAAUUGAUCCUCCUUUUGAUUUAUGGAUUACUCCUCAUUCAUGUGGAGAAGUAUGUGGAAGACCACAAAAAUGUGGAACACAUAAAUGUGUAUUAUUAUGUCACCCGGGUCAGUGUAUGCCAUGUGCCUAUACAAUCACGGCAACUUGUUAUUGUCGGAAAAGUCAAAAGGUGGAACGGUGCAGUAGCGGAUCGCGAUUUAGUUGCAAUGAAAUAUGCAACCAGAAACUAGAGUGCGGACACUUUUGCAUGGAUAUUUGUCACGACGGUCCACACAAGUGUCUGAGUACAUCAGUGUCAAAGUGUCGAUGUGCAUCCAUUGAAAAGACGACAUUUUGUACAGACAGAGGACAAGUCAUGUGCGACCGAGUGUGCACUAGGAAACUGGCCUGCUCCAAACACACAUGUAACCAAGUAUGUUGUCAGUGCGACGGUACUAGACAAUGCCCACUUUCACAACCUCGAACGUGUGGAUGUGGACGCAAGUCAUUCUCACUUGCUUGUACCAUCCCCACGCCGUCAUGUGGCGGCACAUGCGACAAGGUGUUGCCGUGCGGUGUGCACAAGUGUCACGAGAGAUGCCACAAUGACGAUUGCUCAAAGACUUGCACGCAACUAGUCGCCAAGAGAUGUCGAUGUGGAAGAAUUCAAGAUAAAAUACAGUGUUCAAAGGAAUUUAAAUGUGAUAUCAAAUGCUCGAGGAUCAGGAAUUGCAACAAAUGCAAAUGCAAGCAACGUUGCUGUGAUGGAAACUGUCCACCAUGCGAUAAAGAGUGUCAAGAGAAAUUGUCAUGUGGUAAUCAUCGUUGUGAGAGUACAUGCCAUAGUGGGCCAUGUCUCCCGUGUCCAAGAACAGUCACCAUCUAUUGUGCAUGUAAAAAGACAUCGAUCAUUGUACAAUGUGGUACUGAAAAGAAUGUAAAACCACCUAAAUGCAAUCAUCCAUGUCCUACUCCAACCCUAUGUCACCACCACAAACAAAGAUUCCAUCGUUGUCAUUUUGGUCCAUGUCCCAAAUGUACUAGACCUUGUAUGAUUGAUUUAACAGAACAUAAAUCAUAUGGUUGUACUCAUAAAUGUUCAGCAUCUUGUCAUGAUCAAUUACCAUUAGUUAAUUUUAGAAUGAAACCUCUUUUAGAAUACACUGGACAAACCAUUCAAACAAUGCCAAAAGAAAAGAAAAUAUCGUAUCCUACAAGACUACCGAUUGAACAAGUGACUGGUUGUCCAUCAUGCAUGGUUUUUUGUCCUAGAGUUUGUAUUGGCCAACACAGUUCUAAAUUUAUGGCAUGUUCAGAGAAUCCAAUUUAUCAAUGUGAUGUGAAAUGUGGAAAUACUCUUGAUUGUGGAAAUCAUAAAUGUGAAAAUGAUUGUCAUCUUAUUCAUAUUAAAAGAGAAUUAAAAGAGAUUGAUGGGAAAUUGGAAAUUGUAUCAACUAGAAACACAGACACUGAAAUGAUGUCAGUGGAUGAAAAUCAACAAGAUCAAGAAGAGGAUAGUUGUACUAGAUGUGAAUUAUCGUGUCAAUUCCCUAGACCAAAAGGGUGUAGUCAUCCAUGUCCAAUUUCAAAAUGUCAUAUACGAGUUGGUCAAGAUGAACAAUAUUGUCCACCAUGUAGAAAGGUUGUUCGAUUCAAAUGUCAUUGUAAAAAGAGUACAUUGAAUGUUGCCUGUGUGGAAUACAAUAAUCCUACUUUGCAUAAAGAUGGUGGAGACAUCUUUUCAUGUAACCAACUCUGUAGCAAAUCAUUCAAGGGAUGUAGACAUGUUUGUGAAAAGGAGUGUCAUCCAAAUGAAUGUGGUACAUGUACAGAAGAUGUGACUGUAACAUGUCAAUGUAAACAUCUUAAGCAAUUGUGGACAUGCCAACGUUUACAACAAUACAGAGUAGAUAAAAAUAUUACCAACAUGGAUAAUGUCAAACUACUAGAUUGUACAUCAUUAUGUCCUCCCAAACCAAUAUCAAAGGGAACAGUAGUAGAAGAAGAGGAAACUAAUCAUGAACAGGAACAAUUACAAAACAACAAGAAACGAACACCAACCAUAAGUAAAGAGGAAAGAAAAGCCAAAGAAAAGGCAAGACAACAAGAAGUAAAUGAGAAAUGGAGAAAGGAAAUGGAAGUCAAGAAACUAAAACAACAAGGAUCAUGUAUAUCAACACCAACAUUGGUUAAAAUCAUUGUCCUAUUUGUCAUUUGUUUCUUUGUAUCCAUUCUAUUUUUAAGAACAAAUAAAUUAAUUUAA